UUUUUGAUUUUAAUCAUUUACUUUCCCUUAUCAAUUUACUCAUUUGUUACAUUAAUUAUUGUAAUAUAUUGUUCAGUUAACUUGCGUUGUUUUUGCAUAUAAAUACAUUUAAUUUUCUAUAAUAUUUAUAAAUUAUUUAUUCAUUACUUCCCUAUUACUUAAUUUUUUUGAUCAUCAAAUUCUUUUCUGAGAAAUUUAAAUUAUCUAUCACUUAAUUUAGCAAGUAUAAUGCAAAUCCAAUGACCUUGUAACUAAGAUCAUUAGGACAUUCGAUAAUGCAUUAUCAUUUUAACUGCCAACACGUGGUACGCGCUAUAGAAUAUUUCUAUUAAAAAUGCCGAACAAAUUGACAGCGAAAAUUGGGCCCUCGAUUUUAAAUGCCGAUUUGGCACAACUUGCGGAAGAAUCGCAAAAAUUAGUUAAUAAUGGUGCUGAUUAUUUACAUUUAGAUGUUAUGGAUGGACAUUUCGUACCUAACCUUACUUUCGGCCAUCCAUUGGUAAAAUGUCUCCGUAGCAAAGUAAAAGAUAUCUUUUUUGAAACACAUAUGAUGGUUUCGAAUCCAGACCAGUGGAUAGAACCUAUGGCUGAUGCUGGUGUCGACCAGUACACAUUUCAUGUGGAACCUGUAAAGGAUGUUCCAUUAGUUUGUAGAAAAGUAAGAGAAGCAGGAAUGAAAGUUGGAGUAGCACUUAAACCUGGAACUCCAGCAGAUACAGUUGUGGAGUAUGUUGAUCUAGCAGAUAUGGUGUUAAUUAUGACUGUUGAACCAGGUUUUGGUGGACAAAAAUUCAUGGACUCAAUGAUGGAAAAAGUAUCGUGGCUAAGGAAAAAUUAUCCUACAUUAGAUAUAGAAGUAGAUGGUGGUGUUGGACCAGCUACUAUUGAUACAUGUGCAAAAGCUGGUGCAAACAUGAUCGUUUCUGGAACAGCUGUAAUUGGAUCUUCUGAUCAAGCAAAAGUUAUAAAAACUUUAAGAGACACAGUGAAUUGUGCAUUGCAGAAUAGCUGAAAAUAGAAAAUAAAAUAAUGUUAAUGGAAUAUAAAAUUAACAUAUUAUGUAUUUUUUUACAACUGUAUACAAUAU